AUGAAUAACCAAAAUUUUAAUUUAACUGAACAAAAGCAAAUAAACGGAGAUAAAGAUUACUUUUAUAAAGACUUGUCUUUAAAGAGGCAAAGAUGUGAAAGUAAAGAUUCGUCUUCAGAAGAAGACCAAUCGAUGAAGACAACAUUCACUGGAUUUUCGGAGCUUGUGCAUGC